GGGCUUUCGACGCAACGGCGCCUGCGCAAAGAAGUCGAGCUUCCUCGCCAGUGAAAAGUGGUGGCGUCGCUUAGUAGGUAUUGUUUGGGCAGCCGCAAGUGCUGGUUGAUGUGGCUGAGCUCUUGGAACACAGACACAUCUUCACGACUAUUUUAGUAGAAAAUGUUACGGGUCAAGAAUGGACUUCUGCAUCAUUGGCCCUUAUGUUGCAGGCGAGAAGCAAGUCUGUCUCCCCUCCGACCAAGUUGGCGUUUGCUGCAUCAGCAUGUACUCCAUCCUGAAUGGGCUGCAAUGGCUAAAAAGCAGCUAAAGGGCAAAAGCCCUGAAGAGUUGAUAUGGCACACUCCAGAGGGAAUUGCCAUCAAACCACUGUAUUCUGCACAUGACACAGCAGGCUUUCCUGAAGAAUUACCUGGAGUAAAGCCCUUCACUAGAGGUCCUUAUCCUACCAUGUAUACAUACAGGCCUUGGACCAUCCGCCAAUAUGCUGGCUUCAGUACUGUGGAGGAAAGCAACAAGUUUUAUAAAGAUAAUAUCAAGGCUGGUCAGCAGGGUUUAUCCGUCGCAUUUGAUUUAGCAACUCAUCGUGGUUAUGACUCGGAUAAUCCUCGAGUUCGGGGUGAUGUUGGAAUGGCUGGAGUUGCCAUUGACACAGUAGAAGAUACUAAAAUUCUUUUUGAUGGAAUUCCCUUGGAGAAAAUGUCUGUUUCAAUGACAAUGAAUGGAGCAGUAAUUCCUAUCCUAGCCACAUUCAUUGUUACUGGGGAAGAACAAGGAGUGCCUCAAUCCAAGCUGACAGGGACAAUACAGAAUGAUAUAUUGAAGGAAUUCAUGGUUCGAAAUACAUACAUUUUCCCACCAGAACCAUCAAUGCAAAUAAUUGCUGAUAUCUUCCAAUAUACAUCAAAGCACAUGCCAAAAUUUAAUUCUAUUUCUAUCAGUGGAUACCAUAUGCAAGAGGCUGGAGCUGAUGCCAUUUUGGAGUUAGCAUAUACAAUAGCUGAUGGCCUGGAGUACUGCAGAACUGGACUUAAAGCUGGUCUCACCAUUGAUGAAUUUGCACCAAGGCUUUCCUUCUUCUGGGGAAUUGGUAUGAACUUCUAUAUGGAAAUAGCUAAAUUAAGAGCUGGAAGACGGCUUUGGGCUCACUUAAUAGAGAAAAUGUUCCAACCCAAGGACACCAAAUCACUUCUCCUUCGAGCUCAUUGUCAGACUUCAGGAUGGUCACUGACUGAGCAGGAUCCUUACAAUAACAUUAUCCGCACCACAGUUGAAGCAAUGGCAGCUGUGUUUGGUGGUACCCAGUCCUUGCAUACAAAUUCAUUUGAUGAAGCUUUAGGACUGCCAACUGUGAAAAGUGCACGAAUUGCAAGGAAUACACAAAUAAUAAUACAAGAAGAAUCUGGCAUACCUAAAGUUGCUGAUCCGUGGGGUGGUUCAUUUCUAAUGGAAUCUCUUACCAAUGAUGUGUAUGAAGCCGCUUUAAAGCUCAUCAAUGAGAUUGAGGAGAUGGGUGGAAUGGCCAAAGCUGUAGCUGAAGGAAUACCAAAACUUCACAUUGAAGAAUGUGCUGCUCGAAGACAAGCCAGGAUUGAUUCUGGUUCAGAAGUAAUUGUUGGAGUAAAUAAAUACCAGUUAGAAAAAGAAGAGACUGUUGAAGUUUUGGCGAUUGAUAAUACAUCAGUCCGUAACAAACAGAUUGAGAAGCUGAUAAAGGUAAAAGCUUGCAGAGAUGAAGUAGCAGCCCAAAAAUGUCUCACUGCUUUAACUGAAUGUGCGGCUACAAGUCAAGGUAACUUGCUGGCCCUGGCAGUAGAAGCAGCACGCGCAAGAUGUACAGUUGGUGAAAUAACAGAUGCAAUGAAAAAGGUGUUUGGUGAGCACAGAGCCAGUGAUCGCAUGGUGAGUGGCGCAUACCGUCAGGAAUUUGGAGAGAGUGAUGAGAUUACUCAAGCCAUCAGCAGAGUUGACAAAUUUCUGGAACGGGAAGGUCGUAGACCACGUCUUCUGGUUGCUAAAAUGGGCCAGGAUGGCCAUGACAGAGGAGCCAAAGUAAUUGCUACAGGAUUUGCUGACCUUGGUUUUGAUGUAGAUAUAGGUCCACUAUUCCAGACACCCCUUGAAGUGGCCCAGCAGGCUGUAGAUGCUGAUGUGCACUGUGUAGGGGUGAGCACAUUAGCUGCUGGUCACAAAACUCUUGUUCCUGAACUCAUCAAACAGUUAAAUAGCCUUGGACGCCCAGAUAUUCUUGUCAUGUGUGGAGGUGUCAUCCCUCCUCAGGAUUAUGACUACCUGUAUGACUCUGGCGUUUCCAAUAUAUUUGGCCCAGGAACUCGAAUCCCUAAAGCAGCUGUCCAGGUUCUUGAUGAUAUUGAAAAAUGUCUGGAUAAGAGGCAGCAAUCACUAUAAACCAUAAUUUAAUAAUUCAUUCUGCACAUUAUAUAUAUGUACAGAUUUAUUAUAUGAAUGUGAUAUGAUAAAUUGCAAGGAAAAUAAUCAAUUUAAAUCAGCUUCAAUGUCUGAUAUUUUGUUGUGCUUUCUAAGAAAGUAGAAAAUGCAUGUGGGGUUAAACAUGAGAAGAAAAUUUAUGAAUGGGUAUGUAUAAAAAUUAAAAUCAAAAUGGCUCAAUAAAAAUUCAAUUGAAUGUUUAAAUAGCUAUUGCAUAUAAGUUGUUUCAUAUAUACAUAUAUUUUAGCAGCUUUAUUUUACAACCCACACAUUUAAACAAAUUGUAAAAAUUGCUAGAAUUGAGUAGAGAGGCAACAUCUCAAAUGUAUUCAAAUUUAGCUGUUAAACUUUUGGCACAAAUAAGUUGUUGGGAUAGUUUAUACUAUGUGAUGGAAACUUUAUUGAUGUAAAAUGAGCAAUAUGCACAGAAUUAAAUAUUCAUGUGGAUGUUAGUCCUUACAUGUUAAUGAGAGAUACCCUCAUAGAGACAUUGUUUUAAAAAGUUGUUAAUGUUUUAAUUGUAUUAUAUUUUUUGAUUUGUAAGCCAUCCAGAGUUAUUGAGAUGGGCAGCGAUAGAUAAUGAAUGAAUGAAAUGAAAUGAAAUGAAAUGAAAUGAAAUGAAAGAAUGAGCUACAAUACUACAAUCUGUAAGAAACCUAUUACUAGAAUUCUUCAGGAGUUCUUCAACAAAGAAGAGAUGUAUCACUUAACACAAGUUAUGAUAAUACCCGUGUUUCUCCAAAAAGAAGGCCGGGUCUUAUUUUCUUUUGAGCCCUAAAAAAACAGGCCGCCUUUUUGGAGGGUUCUAAUUAUUGACUCACCUCACAGAGGUGGCCACUUUUGUGGCCGCUUGCCACCACUAACACACAUUGUUCCUGCCUCCAUUUCACCUUCAGAUACCUGUCAGAAGGAUCUGCAGUCGAUAACAGAGCUCUGGAUCGAUCCGGAAUUCUGUUAUUGGCUGCAGAGGGUUUUCCAGAAGGCCCUCUGCAGCCAAUAAUAGCUUUAUCAGCUGCAAAUGCCUUCCGGCAGGCAUCUGAAAGCAAAACGGAGGCCAGGGCAAUGCGUGAGAGUGGUGGCAAGUGGCCGCAGGAGGUGAGUCAGGUGUCGGGUUGUGCGAGGCCUGCUAAGUAGGACAGCUCCACCCCCCAAACCCCACCCUCUUAUUUUUUACAUGUGUGCCUCGCCCCACUCCUUGCACCCCGGGGUGGGUGGCCUCUUAAUUAGGGCUAAUUUGGUGGGUGGGGCUUAAUUUGAUUGACUGCUCUCAAAAACAUAGGAUGACUUUUCAAGGUGGGUUGUCUUUUUGGAGAAACACAGUAUGAAAUUUUUAAUCAUGAUUUAUUGAAUAGGCCUCAGUUGUCUUAGCUUUAAAAUACAUUAAUUCAUGAAUAUUGGCUUAAUAAACCUGAGCAAAUAUAUAAAUAUGCAAAAUAAAAUGGAAGAAACUGCAUGAUUUAAGAAUAUGUCACAGAGUACUUGUAGAAAACUUUUGUUGCAGCAGAAAGGAAAGGAAAAUAUUUUAGCAUGCUCAUAAUUUUGGAGAUCUUCAUGAGCUUUCAUAUGGCUUAUAGAAUUGUUAUUACUAUAAUUAAAGUUUAGUUUUCAAAUA